CUCCACCACCCUCAGCGAGUAUUCUUUUCUAUUAAGUAGGGUUUCAUAAUUUUUCAUUUCACUGUGAGCAAACAAGAUCUUCAGAUCCAUGACAACAACGACAAUGCUUCUGCGAAGCUCGUCCACGCCGAUUCUCAAUUCUCGCAUCCCUCACCCGAAGGAUUCGCCUCACGAACCCGAAAUCCUUCACCGGAGCCCGCGCACGCGCUCGCUCACGCUCUCCGCGUCGUCGAGUUCGCUCUCGCCGGUCGAAGCUUCGCCGAGCAGAAUGACGCGGGCGCUGUCGGAGACGGAUCUCUCCGCGCGCUCCAAAACGUCUUCGUUCGGCUCCGCUCUGUUUUCCUUCACCGAGUCGGACGAAGGAGACGGAGUUGGCGGCGGCGGCGGCGGCGGUGAUGGAUGGGACAACGGUGACGGCGGAGGGUCGGGGUUUUGGGAUUCGAAUAAUGGGAAUGAUAGCACGGACUUGUAUUACCGGACGAUGAUUGAAGCGAAUCCAGGGAACCCUCUGUUUCUUGGCAACUACGCGAGGUACUUGAAAGAGGUUCGAGGGGACUAUGUGAAAGCGGAGGAGUAUUGUGGGAGAGCGAUUUUGGCGAAUCCGAAUGAUGGGAAGGUGCUAUCGAUGUAUGCAGAUUUGAUAUGGGAGAGCCAGAAGGAUGCUUCGCGUGCUGAGACUUAUUUUGAUCAAGCGGUUAAAGCAGCUCCCGAUGACUGUUAUGUUCUGGCAUCCUACGCUCAUUUUCUUUGGGACGCGGAGGGAGAGGAAGAUGUUGAAGUGCAAGAAGAUUCAUCUGAAAUAUCUCCUAGUUUCUUACAUGGAGCUGCUCCACUACCACCGCCUUUAGCUGCUGCUUCUUCUUAAGCUGCUUCCACUGGUGUCUGGCUUCCAUAUAUAACUUUCUAACUUUUGUUUAUACUACCUUAACCUUGUAAUAUUUUUGGCCGAUGAGGACAGUUGUAAUGGUUUUUGUCCACUGUGUCAUCACACUUGUAGAUUCAUGUAGCGAUACAAGAGAAUAAAAGAUGGCGGGGACAUUCUCCUUUCCUUUUUGCAUUUUGUUUGAUUUGCCGAAUCUUCCUCUACAGGCAUGCUUGUAUUAUGUCCAAGAAAAACGCUUGAACAGGUUUUGGAGUUAUAUUAUUCACCCGUGCAAGAAGGUGGCAGAUUUUGAA